GGGAGCAGGUGGAGGGAACGGCUCCGGGAGAUUAAGGAGGCACUUAUAAGAGAGUGCUGCCCAGGUCAUGUUUUCUCAAUGCUGAAGAAUCUCACCACAGAGUGUGUUCAGCUGCUGUGACCUGGAAGGACCCCUGGUUCUACUUCAUAGAGAGGUGAGGAAGAUGAGGAUGAAGGGCGUUCUGGCUCUGCUCUGCAUGACUUUGACAUGUGGAGCUCAGAAAGAGAAACGGGAAACCUCAGGUUUGAACCCUAAAGAAAAUAAUAAAAUUAAGAUUUGCUCCAACCUGACUCAAGUACUGGACAACUGGAAAUUUGCCAUUAUAACCCAAGUGAAAGACAUGCUGGUCAAUGACCAUGCCUCUGUCCUACCUGAAUACAGCAGGAUCCAGCCCUUAUCAGCUGCUCUGGGAGACCUCUACAGGCAGUUCAACACUCUGAAAAACGAGCUGGGGAAGCUCACGUCAAAGUUGGACGGUGUGGAAGCUUUUGUCGACCACCUUAAGGAAGGCAGGUUCAGUCUGCCUCAGCGGAUCAUCCCGCCCAGCAUUGGUCUGAGGUCUCCACUGCGAGCACAGAUGAGGGCUCCUGUCAGGGGGAUUAUCAGGACACCAAAACUGACCAGAACGAGAAGGAGAGGACCACAGAGCUCUUAGACGUGUUGCCAACUUUUGUCUUGCACCCGUGCUGACGUAUCAAACAUGAGCUGAGAUGUUUAUAUACUUGUUAGAAUAAGAUGUGUAGUUUAUAUUAGUUCACUGAUGUGAGGCCACAGGAGUAAGACUAACACGGCAAUGCAUGGUGUAGAAAAGAGCAUGUAUUUAUCUUUAUCUGUCUGUACAAAGUCACUUUUGACCACAAGGUGGCAGCAUUUAUCAAAUUAUCUCCACUGUCAUCCUGCUGCUUUAUGCUCACCACCAGACGUAAAGUACCAUAACGGCUGAAAAGUGGCUGGUAGAGUACUUCAUAUUCACUUCAUAUUAUUUAACACUGUAUGAACAUUGUUUGUUUUUCUUUUUUUUUUUUUUAAAUCAAAUAAUUAUUAAAAAUAGAUGAACUUGCA